CUCCCUCGGCCAGGCGCCCAUGGCCUUUCUAAGGUGACGCUGCCCGCUCGGACUAGCUCCGGCGGGCCGAGGCAACACCUAUGAACCCUUCGGCGACCUUCCCCGCCCGGCGCCAGAACAUCGGGUCCAAAGUUGAGACUUCCACUAUUGAGAGACAACGAAAGGAGCUGCAGCUGCUCAUUGGAGAAUUAAAAGACCGAGAUAAGGAGCUCAAUGACAUGGUUGCAGUGCAUCAGAGACAACUUCUCGCAUGGGAGGAGGAUCGGCAGAAAGUGCUGACUUUGGAAGAACGCUGCAGCAAAUUAGAAGAGGACCUAAAUGAAAAGACAACAGAAAAUAAUGACCAACGAGAAGAGAUCAUUCGCCUCAAGCAAGAGAAGAGUUGCCUGCAUGACGAAUUGGUUUUUACUGCAGAGAGAGAAAAGAGGAAAGAUGAGUUGCUUGAUAUUGCAAAGUCAAAGCAGGAACGUACAAAUUCAGAGCUGCACAACCUGAGACAGAUUUAUGUAAAACAACAAAGUGAUCUGCAAUUUCUUAAUUUCAAUGUGGAAAAUUCUCAUGAAUUGAUACAAAUAUAUGAUGCAAAGAUGGAGGACUCAAAGACCCUGGAAUCCAGCAAAGACAUGUGUUUGUCAGACCUUGAAAAUAGCCACCCAAAAGUCGAUGUUAAGAGGGAGAAAAAUCCGCAAUUACUGGUUAAGGAUCAAAAGUUUGAGGUCACAUUGGCGCAGCAAAAUAGGACAGACAAGAGCUCUUGUGUUAUAUGCAAAGAGAAGAUACUACAGGAUAAUAAUGCAUUUGGGGAAAAAAGUGUAACCACUUUCUCAUCUCUGUGUAAUAAAGACUUAACGGAGAAACAAAAGUGUUGGUCUCUGGGUGGAAAAAUCCAGACUGAACCCAAAAAUAAAAUUACACUCUGCAAUAUCCAUACAAAAUCACCAAAAGAUAAUGGAGUUGAGCUUCAGAAGGAAGAGAAGCAGCUCUUAGAAAUAUCCUUGUCCGAUGAAAAGCAAUGGCAUGAUAUCAAUGUUUACCUGGGCCUGGACAACUGUUCUGGCUCCAAACAGCCAGGAAAGCUGGGCAUGGAAUGUCAUCAUCAAAUGGAAAGGUCUGAAACCUCAUGUUGUCCAAAAAAUGAAAGCUGUCUGACUGACAGUGACCUAUAUGACUCUAAUUGUUGUCACCCAAGUAACCUCAUCAUUGAAGCCCCAGGCCACAUGUCUGAUGUGGAGUGGAUGAACAUUUUCAAGCCUGCCAAAGUGCAAAGGAUUGUUCGCCAUAAAACUAUGUGCACUUGUUCAGGAAGCCUCAAUGGAGCAAAAUACAAAUCCUCAGCAAGUGAGUUCAUCACCACUCAGCUUUCCCACUGCUUGGGAUCUUCAGACUCUGUGGUAAGAGAAGAUGAGAGAGAGGCCCCUCCUGAGAAAAAGGACUCACCCAAGGAUGCGUUAAUCAGCAAAGAUGCAGUAGUAGCCAACAAACAGGUUUGCAUUUUGCUUCAUAGUCAAGAUGACGUCUCGCCUACCAGUAAGCUCCAGCACUUGCUGGCGGAGUCCCGGCAGAUGGUCACAGAUCUGGAGCUGAGCACACUGCUGCCUAUUAGCUGUGAGAAACUCAGCAGCCGCAGCGACAGGAGUGUGCGUUCCCUUCCUUUGGACUCUAGUGGUGGGGUCUCAGUACACCACUGA